UAAUACAAAUGUCUUUUUUAAGCUGUGAUAUCGCAUUUACAUGUACUACGUAAAGUUGACAAAUAAUUUCUCUAUGCAUUUGCGUGUAACUUAUUUUCCGGACAAGUCUAAAAAUUCGUAGAACUAUCUAAGAUUUAUUUCUCAAUUCUCUCUGCUGGUUUCAUUUGUAACAAGCAGAUCGGCUUUGGUGAGAACGAGCAUGUGAGAUCUCGCGAAGCACACAAUUCGGUAACAUCACCCAGGUAUAAAGGGGAGUUCGAGAGAAAGGACUGCAACAUGGUAAAUAAUCUUGUACGAUUGUCGUUGCAGGUUAACAAAAGGACAAAGAGUGGGUUCAGAUUGUCAUUUCGGAGUUUGCGAUACCGGUCGGGAAUCAUUUCGAUCGGGAAACCCACUCUCCGUGUGCGGCUAUUAAUAAUCCCUGAGGAUAAGUCGGCGGUACAGAAGCGCGAGCAAUCAGCCGUGUGCAGAAAAACACAAAGUGGCGUGCAAUUUGAAUUAAAUUAUAAAAUGAUAAAUUUUAACUGCGACAACUUGGAGUGUUGUGGAGAUGAUACUACCAUGUUGAUAUCAUUACAUAACAAUGACAGUAAAUCAUCGGUUCACAACAUACUACAGAGAGAGAAUUUCCAUCCAUACAAAAUAAAGUUCACACUGAUACACAAGUUAAAUGAAGACGAUUUCGAUCGUCGCGUUGAAUUUUGUGAUGAUAUGAUGGCACGCAUAGUUCAAAAUCCCAACUUUCCAUCAAAUAUAGUCUUCUCAGAUGAAGCUACAUUUCAACUUGACUCAAGCUUAAAUAGGCAUAAUUGUAGAUAUUGAGCAGAUGAAAACCC